GUUGCGUGCGUGUUGCCUCGGCGUUGGUGUGGGAGAGUCGUAGGGUGGGGGGAGACGGGGGACAGAUCAGAGAUGGCCAUGGCUGCCGCCGGCGACAGGCCGGAGACUGUCGAAGUGACGCUGCGCGCCGUUGGCCCGUCCCGUCCCACCACCCUUUGCCUCCCUCCGCUUCUCUCGGUCGCAGAUCUACGCCGCCACAUUGCUCACGAUCGACAUCUCCCAGAAGACCGCCUCCGCCUGGUCCUGCGAGGAAGGAAUCUCCCGUGCCAAGACGACGCCCAUGUCGACCUCCGCGAUGGGGAUAGUCUAAUAGUUGCCGUGGCACCUAAAUCCCCUGCUAAUCAUCUCCCUGACGAUGCUGACGAUGAUGAUGAAGAAGAAGAGCUGAAGUUCAAAAUACCAGAAACAACCACCUGGUGGAAGAGAAGAAUUUUUAUAUUUCUUAGAGACAAAUUGAGAUUACCAGAUAUCUUGUUGAUGGCACUAUUUUCUCUUGGUAUGAAAGCAUGGGUUCUUAUCGCAAUGUGGUUCCUAUUUGCACCUAUUGCCCAAACGUAUGAUGUUGGACCUUUAUAUAUACUUGGUACAGGUUUCUUGGUCAUCCUUUGUAAUCUUGGAAGACGGCAACAAGGUGAUGUCAGUGCAUACUCCAUAUUUAAUGAAGACUUUCGGGAGCUACCAGGAACACUUAACGCGGAGCGCAUCGAUAGAGACAUUCGGGCAGGUCAAUUUUGAACCUGAAUCUGAGUUACUGGGACUAUAUGGGUUUAAUGGGGUUUGUACAGAAGCAUAGUGAGCCUUUGGUUCUAAUCCUCUGUGACCGGAAAGGCUUCCAAAAGAGGCGCUAAGCAGUGUGAAUUUACCUGUGUACUUCACAUAUAUUUUGGUCAGCAGUACGGUUGAAUGGUUCAGAUGCAAUUUGAGUGAAGUUUGAAAGGAGAGAAAAUACUAAUAGAUCAGUAACCGAGUUAAAAGUCAAAACUGUGAUUUAGAAGCGCACGCAUGUGACAACAUAUGUGGAUUUCAUCCUAGUUCAAUUCACGUCAGGAAUAUAAUAUACGCGAUAAAAUAAUGUAAUAGAGCGAACUCAGCGAAGCACCUUUGCAUAUUACCCAUGAGCAAGAGACUUGGUGGCAACAACCAGAAUGAUAUAUUAUUUAAUCGUGGAAAUGCCAUGUCAGGUGCACCUAUCAGAAUCGGAACAAACCAAUUACCAAAUCCACCUAUCAUCGCCGGCAUAACCAUAAAAAA